AUGGAAGAGACCGGCAGAAUCAACGUCACUAUGACAACAGGAGAAUAUGAGCUCUUUAAAGAGGCCAAGAAGCAGGCGGCUUCAGCAAGACAAACUACUGUUUCCCGAUCGCACAAACUGCCCAAUGUUUCCAAAGAGCCCACGAAUAUUUCUGAUCGGGGAUCUAAAAGAAACAAGGACCCUGAAGAUCAUCUCUGCAAGUUCAGGAAUGCGGCAUUGUUACAUCAAUAUAGUGAUGUCAUCAAGUGUCGAGUAUUUCUGAAUACUUUGUCAGGCUCAGCGCAAAAAUGGUUUGAUGGACUGCCACACGGAUCCAUCACUUGUUUUCAAGACUUCAAAAUCGUUUUCCUGCGUCACUUCGCUAGUAGCAGGAAGUAUCAAAAAAUGGACCACUGCCUCUUUGCCCUCAAGCAAGGAUCCGCUGAACCUUUAAGAAGUUAUAUUAAGCGCUUUAAUCAAGUGGCUCAGGAUGUCCCAUCUGCCACUACGGAGAUACUGAUGAACGUCUUCUCACAUGGAUUGGUGGAAGGGGAAUUCUUCAGAGACCUCAUCCGUAAUCCUGUGAAGAAUUUUGAUAAAAUGCUGGAAAGAGCAGCCAGCUAUAUUCAUGUGGAGAAGGUGUAG